AUGGACACCCCCCCCCCGCCCUUUAAUAAUAUAAACGUUGGGGGAUCUAUUUCUCGCUCGCUAAACUCAGAUUUACUUUUUCUUUUUUUUCCCCUACUUUUUCGCCAUUUUCUCUACUUUGUGUUGUUGAAAUUUUUUCUCUCCUGCUUCGCUUUCACUGCUUUUAACUGUUUCUGUAUUCCGUCAGAUCUACCAUUUUUCUCUCGUUUUCUUUCCUUGAAACUUUUUUUUUUUCAUCGAAUCUUUUUUUAUUGCUUCCUUAUUCUCUUUAGAUUUUAUGUUUUCUCUUUUAUUUCUUUUAUGUUUUUCUUUUUCUUUCUUUCUUUCUUUUCUUUUCUUUUCUUUCUUGCUUUUUCUUUCGUUUUCUUUCUUUCUUUCUUUCUUUCUUUCUUUCUUUCUUUCUUUCUUUCUUUCUUUCCCGAUCAUCAUUCCUUCAUUUUCUCUUUUGCUUUCCUCUUUUCAUAUUCUCUAUAUUUUUUGUUUUGUUUUCGCUGUAACCUAACCUUCCUCCCUUCUUUUCUUUCUUUCUUCCUUUCUUUAUUCCUUUCUUUCUUUCAAUCGCUAUUUUUCACAUCUUUUCUUUCUUUCUUUCUUUCUUUCUUUCUUUUCAUCGUUUCUUUCCAUGUCUUUUCUUCAUGUCUUUCAUUAUUUCUUUCUUUCUUCGUUUCAGUCUCACUUUUCGAUGCAUUUUCUUUCUUUCUUUCUUUCUUUCUUUCUUUCUUUCUUUCUUUCUUUCUUUCUUGUGUUUUUUUUUUUGUUUUUUUGUUUCUUUCUUUCUUUCUUUCUUUGUUUUUUCUUUCUGUGUUUCUUUUCACAUUUUUCUCUUUUUCUUUCUUUCUUUCUUUCUUUCUUUCUUUCUUUCUUUCUUUCUUUCUUUCACUCACGCAUUUCCAUGUAUUUUCUUUCAUUCUUUCUUUUGUAAAUUUCAUUUUUCAAAUAUCUCUUCCCAUUUCAACAUCAUCCUUUUCUAUUUUUCUGCUUAACAGACGCCUAGUCUCGAUUUUUUCCCAAUUUUUGUUCAAUUUCUUUUUUAGUUGCGUUUUUCUCCCUAACAUUCUACGCUUACCUCCAAUCACGAAAGGUUUUUUUCUUCAAAGAGACCGACAAGAGACAUCGUGCCUCAGAUCGAUAUGUCUCCUUAUCGUAUAUAGUGCUUUCUCAAUGAUCGAUUAG